GGACUAUUUGGGCAAUUUACUCAAAGAAUAAUCUUCCGCAAGUGAGCCAGAUAAGAUCGAAGAACCUCUUUUUUUGAGUUUAAGCUUUAUCGAUUACUAUCAUUCGUAUUAAUUGUUAAUUAAUAUUAUUAUUGUUUUCCCCAAAUUGUGAUUAAACAAAAUCUUUAGCUGUACCCAAGGAAUCAGUUCAAAGCCGGUGGAAAAGAGCUUAUGCAAAGCAAAGCUGCGAAGGUAAAGCCUUUACCAAUUCUCGCAUUUCUCUUUCGGUUCAAUCCGUUUGGUUCUUCUUAGAAAACCCACACUCUACCCACCAGCACUUCGACUAUUGGCUCCUCCAGGUUUGAGUUUACAAGUAAGUUUCGAUGGCCAACAAGCCUAAACCAAGAUCACGGCAACUGUCUGUUUACCUUUACAUUCCAAAUAUUAUUGGUUAUAUAAGAAUUCUCUUGAAUUGCUAUGCUUUUGCUCGAUGCUUUUCCAGCAAAAGACUUUUUGCUGUUCUUUAUUUCCUAAGCUUUGUUUGUGAUGCUUUGGAUGGUUGGUGUGCUCGCAAAUUCAACCAGGCUUCAACAUUUGGAGCUGUUUUGGACAUGGUAACGGAUAGGAUUAGCACUGCUUGUCUACUGGUUAUACUUUCUCAAGUGUAUAGGCCUAGCUUGGUUUUCUUGUCAUUGCUAGCCUUAGAUAUUGCUAGCCAUUGGCUGCAGAUGUACAGUACAUUCCUAGUGGGUAAGGCUAGUCAUAAAGAUGUGAAAGACAGCUCCAGUUGGCUUUUCAAGCUCUACUAUGGAAAUCGGAUGUUUAUGGGUUUUUGUUGUGUGGCUUGUGAGGUUCUUUACAUAACCUUAUUUCUUAUCGCAAAGAACCAUACUGAGAAUUUGAUGGCUGUUAUAGUGACUACCCUGAAACAGGGCUCGCCUCUUUCUUUUCUAGUUGCUUUAAGUUUACUUGGGUGCUCAAUCAAGCAGGUCAUCAAUUUUAUACAGAUGAAGACAGCAGCAGAUGCGUGUGUGCUUUACGACACUGAAAAAAAACAGAAGCCCUGAUUGAUUUCAAUUUUUUAUGUCAAGAGCAGAGUUUUGUUUCUGGCCUCGAGUGCUUAAUAUUUGACAGUAAGGUAUAGAUGUUGAGACUGGUAACUCGAAUCACUUCUCUGAUGUCCAUAUGGAGAGUGGAAGGUGCAAUUGCAAUAAUAGAAAUUGUUUGGGGUGACACAGUAUCUUGACAUUUUCUGUUUUUCAAAACAUGGAUGCAAUCAUGCAACUGAUCACAUGGCUUGUGUGCUUUUGCCUGAUCAACAGCUUGGUGUUGACGAUGAUGAUGAUGUUUUUAACAUGUGGCUCUGGGGCUUAAAUGUGUUUUGUCUACUGACUGCGGGUGUAUGAAUACUGUUUUGCUCAA